CGAUCGCCACGGGGAGGGCAGCGGGCGGGCCGGGCAGCCGGGCCGGCAGUGGGGCGAUGCGGAGCCGCAGCAACUCGGGGGUGCGCCUGGACGGCUACGCCCGCCUGGUCCAGCGGACCAUCCUCUGCCACCAGAAUCCAGUCACGGGCCUGCUUUCAGCUGGUGCUGACCAUAAAGAUGCCUGGGUUCGGGACAACAUCUACAGCAUCCUGGCCGUGUGGGGGCUGGGAAUGGCCUAUCGGAAGAAUGCGGACCGGGACGAGGAUAAGGCCAAAGCCUACGAACUCGAGCAGAAUGUGGUGAAGCUGAUGCGAGGACUCUUGCAGUGCAUGAUGAGACAGGUAGAUAAGGUAGAGCGGUUCAAACGCACGCAGAGUACCAAAGACUGCCUCCAUGCCAAGUAUAACUCUGCAACUUGUGCCACAGUGGUUGGGGACGACCAAUGGGGGCAUCUGCAAGUGGAUGCAACUUCCCUUUACCUGCUCUUCUUGGCACAGAUGACUGCAUCAGGGUUACGUAUUAUCUUCACCCUUGAUGAAGUUACCUUUAUUCAGAAUCUUGUUUUUUACAUAGAAGCUGCCUACAAAGUUGCUGAUUAUGGAAUUUGGGAACGUGGUGAUAAGACAAACCAGGGCAUCCCUGAACUGAACGCGAGCUCCGUAGGGAUGGCCAAAGCUGCUUUGGAAGCAAUUGAUGAACUAGAUCUUUUUGGAGCUCACGGAGGACACAAAUCAGUGAUUCAUGUUCUUCCUGAUGAAGUAGAACAUUGUCAGUCUAUUCUAUACUCCAUGUUGCCAAGGGCAUCCACAUCAAAGGAGAUAGAUGCUGGCCUUCUCUCUAUUAUUUCUUAUCCAGCUUUUGCAGUGGAGGAUCUAAACCUUGUUAAUGUAACCAAGAGUGAAAUCAUAUCCAAACUGCAGGGCCGCUACGGCUGCUGUCGCUUUCUCCGAGAUGGUUACAAGACACCCAGAGAGGAUCCAAGCAGGCUGCACUAUGAUCCUGCUGAGCUCAAGCUCUUUGAGAAUAUUGAAUGUGAGUGGCCAGUAUUCUGGACAUACUUCCUAAUUGAUGGAAUAUUUAAUGAGGACAAAAUUCAGGUACAAGAGUACAGAGAGGCUCUGGAAGGAAUACUUAUUAGAGAGAAGAAUGGAUUAGUGCUAAUGCCUGAGCUGUAUGCAGUCCCUCCAGACAAGGUGGAUGAAGAGUACGAAAAUCCUCACUCAGUGGAUCGUGUCCCAGUGGGAAAGUUGCCACAUCUUUGGGGCCAAUCAUUGUAUGUCCUGAGCUGCCUGUUAGCAGAGGGAUUUCUUGCUGCAGGUGAAAUUGAUCCCCUAAACAGGAGAUUUUCUACUGGAUUUAAACCUGAUGUUGUGGUACAAGUAACUGUUUUAGCAGAAUCUAAUCAUAUUAAGAACCUCUUGCAAGAGCGUGGAAUCAAUGUCCAGAGCAUUGCUGAUAUCCAUCCCCUCAGAGUGCAGCCAGCUCGCAUCCUGAGUAACCUCUACACCAUGCUGGGUCGGAAUAAGAACAUGAAAUUAAGUGGACGGCCACACCGACACAUUGGAGUGUUAGGCACCUCCAAGCUGUACAUGAUAAGAAAUCAAAUAUUUGCUUUUACCCCACAGUUUACUGACCAGCAUCACUUCUAUCUGGCUCUAGACAAUCAGAUGAUUGUGGAGAUGCUCAAGACAGAGCUGGCAUACCUCACUUCUUGUUGGAGGAUGACAGGGAGACCAACCCUGACGUUUCCCAUCACUCACACAAUGCUUGUUGAUGAUGGUACUGACAUUCAUCCAGCAGUUCUUGCCACAAUAAGAAAAUUAGAGGAUGGUUAUUUUGGAGGUGCAAGGGUGAAGAUAGGCAAGCUAGCAGAAUUUCUUACCACAUCUUUUCAUACAUAUCUGAGCUUCCUGGAUCCAGAUUGUGGCCUAAAACUGUUUGAUGACCGUAAUGAAGACUGUAAUAGUCCUGACAGUGAAUAUGGGGACUAUCCAGCAGAUUUCUGUGAAAAAGAUAGCCAGGAUGAGCUGGAUCAGUAUAUAAAUGAUGUCCUGCAGAGUACAGCACUGAAGUCAUACCUGCCUCCAACUUCAAAGACAGCCAAUCAACCACCUGUGUUCAGUGCAAACCAUUCCACAGAAGAGAUACUGUCAAUAAUGGCCAAGACAAAGGGCUUGGAGGUUCCAGCCGUGCCGAUGUCUCUUCCCACUAAAGUUCUGAACACACACCGAAAGUCUCUGAAUCUUGUUGAUAAUCCCCAUUUCUUUGAGACAAAGGACCGUGAAAGUGUCUUGCACUUACCUAAAGAUGCUCAUGGUGAUUUGGAUUGCAGGAAGCUUGUUGAUCAGCUGAAGGAAUGUCCAACACUCCAUGACCAAGCAGAUAUCUUAUAUAUCUUGCAUAUCCUAAAAGGUGCUGACUGGGACACAGAGCUGGAUGGACAGUAUGGUGUCACUGUCCACUGCCUACUCAACGAGCUCUACAGAAAGGCAGGCCUCAAUCAAGAAUGGGGCUUAAUCCGUUACAUUUCCGGUAUACUCAAAAAGAGAGUGGAAGUCCUGGCUGAGGCAUGCACAGACCUUCUGUCGCACCACAAGCAACUGACAGUGGGCCUGCCACCAGAACCCCGUGAGAAAAUCAUUACCACCCCGCUGCCACCAGAGGAGCUCACAGAUCUCAUUUAUGAAGCCAGUGGCCAAGACAUCAGUAUUGCAGUCCUGACACAGGAAAUAAUUAUGUACUUGGCGAUGUACGUCCGGUCCCAGCCUAGUCUUUUUGUGGAGAUGCUCAGGCUCCGCAUUGGUCUGAUAAUCCAGGUGAUGGCCACUGAGCUGGCUCGGAGUCUGAAAUGCUCAGGUGAAGAAGCUUCGGAGAGUUUGAUGAAUCUAAGCCCCUUUGAUAUGAAGAGUCUCCUACAUCAUAUUCUCAGUGGGAAAGAGUUUGGAGUGGAAAGAAGCUUGCGACCUGUAGAUUCCUCUUCAUCUAGCCCUGCGAUUUCUAUUCAUGAAAUGGGGCAUUCUGGAGCAACCAAAACAGAAAGAAGUGGUAUUACUAAAUUGAAGAGUGAGAUGAAGCAGUUCUUUCAUGAGGGGCACUCCAUGUCCAGCAGCAUGUUCGCUUCCACGAGGAGCAGCACUCCAUCAUCUCCCACCAGUACUUCUCCUACUGGCUCCAGCGGAGACAUGAGCUGGGGUGACCGAAAGGGGCAGUGGCUGCGCAGAAGGAGGCUUGAUGGUGCUAUUAACAGAGUUCCUGUUGGCUUUUAUGAGAAAGUGUGGAAAAUCCUUCAGAAGUGCCAUGGUCUGUCCAUUGAUGGGUAUGUCCUUCCUUCUUCAACCACCAGAGAGAUGACCCCAUGUGAAAUCAAGUUCGCUGUGCACGUGGAGUCGGUGCUGAACCACGUCCCCCAGCCUGAGUACAGGCAGCUCCUGGUGGAAGCUAUUCUGGUCCUCACAUUCCUCUCUGACAUCGAGGUGAACAGCAUCGGGGGCAUCAUCCACGUGGACCGAAUCGUGCACAUGGCCAAUGACCUGUUUCUGCAGGAGCUGAAAUCAUUUGGAGCUACUGGCAGUAUCUUGGAGAAGGAUGUAGCCACAGGAAUUUGCCACUUUUUUUAUGACAGUGCUCCAAGCGGGGCCUAUGGCACCAUGACGUACCUAACAAAAGCCAUAAUUAUUUAUUUACACGAUUUCCUGCCUAGCACAGGUUGUACCAUGCAGUAAGUGAUGCCUCGUGCAGGAGGGAAGGCUCAGAAGCUCUUUCUCCCCAGUUCCUUGUCGUGAACCUCAUGGUUACUUGCUGCCUGUGUGUGUGCCGUGCACUACCUCAGCGUUGGACACCAGUGGACGUGCUCUGUGCAUGCCCUACCUACACAGGACAGGGAGCUGGAAUUCGGCCUGGUUUUAGGAGAGUGUGAAAGAAAUAACAAAUAAUGAGGCUUAUUCUGCCCAAAGUGCAUAAAUGUAAUUCAUAGUAAAUUAGAAAGAAUUAUACAGUUCUGCCAAGGGGAGAACAGAUUAUUCUGUGGAGAUCAAAAGGCAUAAUAAAACAAGGGAGCUGUAUCUCAGGCAUAGAGUCUCCCAAAUAAGGGAAGUGAUGGAAUUCAUUAAUUUUUCUCCUGCUGUGUGUAAAUGUACAUCAUUGUGAAUCACUAAUGCACAGUGUGAAACAUCCAGGGAAAUGUAAAUUAGAGGCAUAGGAAUAACUUGAAAUAACCUAGUGAUAUUUCUCAUACACAUUUAUCGCGAUUCUCUUCUCACUUGCACCUAGUCAAUGCUGGGCUAACGCCAGUAGAGACAAACAUCUUGCAAUAUCCACUAAUUUGAGAGGAUAGCCUCUGUCAGGAAGCUGUGUCUGUCUUUAAUCUGAACAAAACAGCUUCCUUCCCUGCAUCCCUGAGGCUUUGGAGGCAAAAUCUGAAGACUCCAGCUUCCCCAAGGUGACAGACACUUUUAUGCCUGUAAUCCUUUCCUCUGAAUGGAGCAAGAUAAACCGCUUCCACUCAAGCACCCUUUCCAAGUGUCCCGAUUGUUUCCCUUGCAAAGAGCCUCAGAGUUAAGAAUGGCAUAAUUUGUGGCCCUUCUAGCACAGCGUGAGUUUAUGGAAGGCUUUGAUGUUUCUCUUUUUUUUUCUUUCCCAUUUUUUUUUCCUCUUAUUUUUCUUUUUAGUUUGAAGCUGCAGUGGUCACAUGUAGUAAGGGUUUGGGCUGCCUGGAGGUCUCCCUUCAGACAGUUCCCAGGUUGGUGCUGGCACCUAGAAUCUGUCCUCUGGAAACUCUGAGUUGCUCCAGGCAGAACAGGUGUGUCCUGCAGGGCAGUGGUCCCAUGACCAUUGAAACUGGAGACUGGAGAUGAAAACCCUGGUGGACCCCAGGCUGCAUUUUGCUUGUGCUGGCACUGCUGGUUUGCCAAUAGCCACAUGCCAGCAUCUGGCUGACAGCUCGGGAACAUGGCAGUAGCUUUAGCCUCUCUGUGGCCAGGGGCUCCCCCAGCAGUGUGGAGGUGUGCCAGCACUGCCACCAUGGGAGCAGGAAGCAUCAGAGCAAUUCUGUCUUGCCAGGUAGAGGGGAAAAGAGCAGACAGGCCUCUAAAAAAGUAAGUAUUUUCUGAGCUAAUAAACCUGAUGAAGUAUAUUUCUGUGAGCCUCCCCUCCAGUCUUUCAAAAUGUAACUAUGCCAUUUGUAUAGGAUUUGAAAACUUUUCUUUGUAACAACAGUAGGCGGUGCUUUUGAGAGUGCGGUUUUUGUUUCCAGUUUUAUACAGGUAUCUGAAAUACCCUGACAAAAUGACAACACCCUGUCUCACUUGCCAGUUGCCAGCCUUGUCACCCUGCCUGCUGUCCCUCUACACAGUCGCUGCUGCUGUAGCAGUGCCUGGGCACUGCCUAAAGACAGUGAAGGUGUGGGAGCUCUUAGGAAGUGAUUUAAUGUUUUUGCAGAGACCAGAGGAGUUUGGCAGUCCAGAGGCCCAGGAGCCUUUGGACUGUGUUAACCACCAUGAGAACUACAGGCCUGUGGAGGGGCCAGCGUAAAGUGACAGUUCAGGUACAAUUAGCACUUGGAUGUGGAAGUCAUUUUAUUGGCAUGGUGACUGUUUUGUACGGGUUUGCCUUCAUCAUGGUUUGGUUUGGUUUUUUUCCUUUUCAUAUGUAUUGUGUGAGCUCACUUGGCUUGUUUCCCAGUAAAUAAAAGUAAAAUCCUUUGUUUAGUUUAAGCAGAUGUGACCAUGCAGAGCAUGAGCACACAAGAGCUGGUGUGGUGGUUUCUUGUUCUACCCAGGAUCAUAUGAAAAUUUACUGUUAUUUUUUGUUUUGUUUUUGAAUCCUAGAUUGUGAGAGAUGCAAGAUGAUUUUCAUUCAGACUCUUUAUUUGUUUAACCUACAGUGUGAUCUUGUUUUCAGAAACAAGGGUGAUGUAGCUGGUUUUACAUUAAGCUGCAUUGAAAUCUAAACCAAUGAAACGCAUGGCCUAACAUACCCUGACACCCCUUGACACUUCUCUUUUUAAUGGCAGUGUCAUUGGUGUCUUUAACAUGAAAUUCACAGCAUGACCCAGGUUAUGGUAUAUUUAUGAUGAUCAUAAUGAGUUACCACAUGAAAUGCAGGCACUUGGAAAGUAUUUAUGUGAUAAUUUGAAGAGUUUAGGUAGCUGAUGGUGAAAGGUGAGACUCUGAAACACACAUCCAGGGGAAGGGAAACUUGUGUUAUUUUCAGGUCAGGCACAGCUUCAGCGUGCUGCUCAGAUUGAAGAACCAUUCCAGCUGGAGAGCUGCAUUGUAGUGCAAACCUAAUUAAGCAAAUAAGGUUUUACACAGACCCCCUGCUUUGCUGAGGAUCCCUGGUGUGUGUUAGGCUGCUGCAAAGCAGAGCUGGCACUGGCAGUGGCGAGGGUGUGCUCACAGAUAAAACACAUGACGACUUUGCAGUUUGUGUGGGGCUGAGCUAAUUGGCAGAGGCUCAACUUGGCCGUGCUGCUUCCCUGGGGAGCCAGCAGAGGAUGACACUGCCAGCUUCCAGCCCCUGGAAACACAUUUAUGGAAGAAGGCAAAGGUGAACAGACACAUCCUGUGCUUCAGAAACAAGGGCAUUAGUGAAUUAAAAUAGGCUGCCUGAGAGCUGCUUGUCCCAGCCUGACAGGCACUGCUGCCCUAAGCAGUUUGCAGCUGUGGGGUCAGAAGCACCUACGCAAGUGCCGGAGGCAGCCAGAUGUGCAUGGAGAGAGGAAUGGGACUGGGUGGGACCACUGGCCAGAACAAUGAUGGGUGUCCAGCUCGGAGCUCACAUUGCAUGCUGGCUCUAAGCCAGCUCCUCCAGGCCAUGCUCCCUGAUCAUGGCUGUUUCCUUCUCCCUGCUGCCAAGUGAAGGGCACGGGUUUGUCAAACUAGACAGAUCAAAAACACCUUUGAUCUCCCCUGGCUGCUGGUCCCACCAGUAAAUGUGAAAAGUUAAUGGGUGGAGUACAAAGUUUGUCUGACUUCUCUCCUGCUAAUUGUAGUUUCCUUCCUUAGGCAAAGAGCCCUGCUUCUUCCUGGAAGGUGCAGGUGAGCUGCACAGUCCGUAGCUGCCCUAUAAAGGUGUGGCCACUUUCUGUGGUGAGUGGUGAAACACCUGGGCUGCCCCCUGCGGGCACAGGGCACUGCAGGACUGUGUCACCCCUCCAGCAGCAGCGAGGGGCUUGAGUGAAGCCAGAGCCUGGGCCAGUCCAGGUGCAAUCUUGGGCACUUUCUGGUGUGGUCCACAGUUAGGAGUGGAGUUGCCCAUAAAGCAGGAGAGAGAUACCACCAGCGGUGGCAUCUGUAGCUGUAUGGUUUGGGCGCUCGUCUGCAGACUGAUUAAGUCCCUGCUCAAAGGACCAGUCACAUCUGCAAUAUUAAGUAGCCACUGAAUAGAAUUGGGACUAAAAGGGAUUGGGGGUGGGGUUAUAGAAGAGCUUCAGCUCAAAUGGUUUUAAGUACAAGCAGCAGGGCUUUUUCCCACUCCCAGUUUCAGUCUCGAGUGGCAUUUAUUCCUGGUGUUAGAUGUUUCACAGUUACUCCCCUGCCACCCCCCUUCUUCUGUCAGGGGUAAGGGGGCUCUUGUGUGCUGCCAGCAGCUGACAGGACAGGGGCUUUCUUUUUUGGGUCAGUGAUUCAGCUCCUCUCAUACUUCAGUGCUGCAUGCCCAAAAGCCUCUUACUGCCUGCCGAGUGCAGCACUGCACUGCAACUGUACCUUGGCAUUCCCUCUCGUGAAGUGAUCCGUCGAAACCCCUUCAACUUUAUGUCACCUUCAGGAAUGUGUCAUUAGUGGGGACAUCUAAACUGAGGCUGUCAGCCGUGUUUCAGAGCAAAGGAGGACUCCAGAGCUGCACCGUCCCAUUCCACCUUGUCACUUUGCUCCUACAGCAUGGAAUCCAACAGUGGGAAGCAAGAUCCCACAACACACUGUGGUGUUUGUCCAUCUUAGGUGGAGCCUUUUUGUCACUCCACUGGAAUAAGAUGGGACUGAUCAUCACAGAUCAGCAUAACUGCAUGCUGAAAACGGACAUUAAGCAUUACCAAUGCCAUUAACAUUUUACUGUAAAUUUUGUUGGCACUAUUAAAGAUUUUUCUUCCCCCCUCCCCCAAGGCAAUAGAA